UUACCAGUAGGAACGACAUAUAAUAAUUCCAACCCAGGAGGGAGUAGGAAGAGAAGCUGUGCAAACAGGCAAAUCUGGAGAAACACUACUUCACUCAUUCCUCGAAGUUAAAUAAACAAACAAAAACUAAAGCCCGCUUGUGUUCCUGUACAUAUGCAGACCCACUGACACACUCCGAGGCAAUCCCGGGAAGGGAUUGGGCGAGACACACGCACAGAUAGAGAGAGAGCAGGUCUUUCCCACCCUAUCAACAGCUGCUGUACUAACAGCACAUUUCUGUUAGAGUGGGAUAUGAAAGCAGGGUAGGAAUAAUGACUGGCCACUUAGACUCUUAGACCACCUCAUAUAUAGAAUCAGCAGUUGACAAUUCCACUUUAUCACACACACACACAUCUUUAUUUUUUCCAUUAACCACCUUGGAUCUUUAAUGGAUUCUAAGCUCCUAAUUGGACCGGUGUUCCCGACACCGGACCCGACUUCCCGUACACCCUGGAAUAUCACCUCCAUCAGCCCUCGCCGGCCCAUGGAGCUUUCAUCGAUGGCUACAACUGGUUCCAUGGUCAGAGACUACCCAUUUCCAACCGUAGAUGUUCCAGACCACGCUCACUACACUAUUGGUGUUGUCAUCCUUGCUGUAGGCAUCACAGGCUUGCUGGGAAACUUCCUGGUCAUAUAUGCUUUUUGCAGGAGCCGAAGCCUGAGGACACCAUCCAACAUUUUCAUUAUUAAUCUGGCAGUCACAGACUUCCUCAUGUGUCUCACGCAGACGCCCAUCUUCUUCAUCAACAGCAUGCACAAACACUGGAUCUUUGGGAAGAAAGGUUGUGAGCUGUACGCCUUCUGUGGAGCUCUCUUCGGUAUCUGCAGUAUGAUUACACUGAUGGUGAUUGCAGUGGACCGGUACGUGGUGAUCACCAGGCCUCUGGCUUCCCUCGGGGUGAUGUCUCGUAAGAAAGCAUUCACCACUGUGGCUGUUGCCUGGCUCUAUUCAGUGGGCUGGAGUCUGCCGCCCUUCUUUGGCUGGAGUGCCUACGUCCCGGAGGGUCUGAUGACGUCUUGUUCCUGGGACUACAUGACGUUCACCCCUUCCGUCCGCUCCUACACCAUGCUGCUCUUCACCUUUGUCUUCUUCAUCCCUCUCUUUGUCAUCAUUUUCUGCUAUUGCUGUAUCUUCAGAGCCAUUCGACACACAACGCGGGCGAUAACAAAGAUCAACUGCGAGGGGACCAGAGACUCUGCAAAGAGGUUCCAUAAAAUGAGGAGCGAAUGGAGGAUGGCUAAAAUUGCACUCAUCGUCAUCCUGCUGUUUGUCAUCUCCUGGGCCCCUUAUUCCUGCACAGCCCUCACUGCAUUUGCUGGGUACGCAGACUUGUUAACUCCUUAUAUGAACUCUGUUCCUGCUGUGAUUGCCAAAGCAUCAGCUAUCCACAACCCCAUCAUAUACGCCAUAACACAUCCUAAAUACAGGUCAGCAAUCAGCAGGUACGUUCCUUACCUCGGGGUAUUGCUGUGUAUGAAGAGCAGAGACCGUUUCAGCAGCAGCAGCUUCCAGUCCAUCCGCCGAUCAACCCUCACCAGCCAGUCAGAGUUCAAAGGCCCCAGCAGGACUCACAACUCUUCCCAGUCUGAGAGUGAAUCAGCCCAGUUCUCAGACACGGAGGAAGACUACUCUUCUCGAACUCCUGUUAGUCGUCACUUGUCCGGUGAUGCCAAACAGGUGCGUCACGCUAGCCAGAGGUCAAAGGUGAGAGGGUAUAACACAGAGUACGAGAGAACCUCUGCUCACAACGCCACUGAUCCAGCAAUAUGUCACCUGUCACCAAUCACUGCUCUGACAGAACCUGAAGGCAUCUCCAUGUCGGACAUCAGUCUGCAGCCAACCAGCAAUCUGCCAGCUUCUCUGGACAAUGUCAUGAGGGAGUCAGGGCCAAGGACUGUGUGCAAGACCACAUCGUCUGUCAUCGUCACCUCCAUAUCCAGCCCGUCAAUAUUGCACAGUCCCCCAGGUUACCAUGGCAACUUCAAAUUGACCAAAAGUCACAGCCCAGUUGCCAAGGAGACCCUUGACAUAGCCAUGCUGGAGACAACAGCUUUACCAUGAACAGCCAGAGAGGAGUGAAAGCGUGUGAAAGUGUGCGUAUGUACGCUUCAGUAUUUCUCCCCAAUUGGGAACUUUUCUUACUAGCAUGCUGUUUGCGGGUUAUGAUAACUGUGGACCCUAGCAUUGUUUUUAUGCAUGCAGUGUACAAGUAUGUGUGCGUGUGUGCCCAGUAAAUUUAUGCAUGUGUUUGCACUCAUUUGGAUUUUUGUCAUUUCUGACAUAUCAUGGUGGCUGGAGAUUGUUUACCUCAACUGUAAGUAAACUAGCCUUAAACACAAAAUGUGAAAGGUGGAGUCGCACUCGGAUCACACCUGACCUUUCUAGACAUGCUUUCCGGUCAUACUUUGUGAGAUUUGCUAUAAACGGAGAUGUUCUUUCUGAAUUAUUUCAAUUUCAAAGUGAAAUGUGAAUAUUCUUUAUCUUUACAUACAGAAGUCGAAUGGCUACUGAUGUCAUCAGUUUAUUCUGCGGUGUUACAACUGAAAGUUUUAAAAAAUGUUGAGAUUUUAUUUUGUGCAUAGUGUUUAUGUUAAUGCAUAGCUACCGAAAAGUGUCAGAAUCCUACUUUUGAAUUAAGAACUUAUUCAUGCAAAUGAAAAGCAUGUUUUCAAACCAAUCUGCUUCUACAAUAAAAUAGAAUCAGAGUUCUUGUUUUUCUUUUACAGUGUUUGCCGAUUAAAGAAUGUACUCUAAAUGAUGUAUCUAGUAUAAAUAAUGGACCAGACAUUUUGUAUAUUAAAACUGAUUAAAAUGACUGCUGAUUAUGUGGAAAAAGUGGGCGCACUACUGAUCUCACACGUUACCUAUUUAAGUCACGUUAAAAUUGUAGUGUUCAGCUCCUGCUCCAUCUGUACCCACACAUUGUUUGCUGAAAAGCUCUACGUGUUGAAACCUGCUGAAAUUUCAGAAUGACAGAAACAAAGUACAAAACUUUAAUGAAAAGUGUAAAAAAAGAUAUACAACGGUCCUCCACAGUUAGGAAUUCACCUAUGAAGAUGAAAGCAUUUUUUGUGACUAAUCAAAAUCGAAAACCUCGUCCACACCCACCAAUAUUCCACUUCAAGGUUAUCCCCCUUGAGCACCAAUGGAUGGCUUUGAGCACUUCUGCUAUUUUUAGAUUGCUCUAUGCAAUUUUUGUAUGCCCACACUAACUAGUUAACCACUUCUAUUGUUCAAAUUAAAUUUCACUUUGAACAACACAAGUUCACAAAAAGCCAAAUCUGCUGAGUUAGGCCUCACGCCGAGAAACUGGCUAACAACUGUUUGGCAACCAAUGGAAGAGCAAAAUAAGUAACCUGGCAAGUACUUGCCAGGUUAGAGAAUACCUACCUACUUUUCAACCAGUUAAGUGAAACUGGUUGAACAGAGAUAUAUGGUACUGCAAGAAAACCUCCUAGGAACUGCUAGCCGUUUUAAGUCAAAGAUGUAACUUUUGAAACAUGUUGAUUUCAACAGUAAGGCACAGCUUUAACUUUGAAGAUGAACAUUCUUUCUCGUUUGCAUUAUAAGGUUCACUGCCACAUGGUUGUUAGUUAGCAGGUGUUUGCAGGCAAAUCAGCGCAAAGCAGCAACAAGGAGGUUUUUUUCAAGCAAAACCCUCUUAACAAUUUAUUUCACCUAACAAUUGCUAGCAACCACAAAGUUAUUGGGGUAGUACAACCAAGUCUGAAAAGUUGAAUGUGGCUUGUAGUGUAAAGUGCUUUGAGUAGUUAGUGAAACUUAAAAAGCACUAUUUAAAUGCCAACCUUCUCGACAUGAUAGCUAGUUUAGUUUUGCACAGAAUUUGAGGUCUGCUGUCUCGAGGCCGUCAAAAUUUGAUUUCUGGGGACAGAAUGUAGCAGGAGUGCUGGAACCCAUCUGAUUGCACACAAGGACAUGGCCUUAGAAGGAUUAAAUUAGAAACCGAUUAAUUAAAAAACAAAUUAAAAUGCACCUGCUGGAUUUGUACCACUGAUUCCAUCUUUAUCUGACUUAACAUUAAAAAACAAGUAACAAAACUUUUAUUUGACAUGUUUCUAGACUUGGCAAUCAGACACACAUAUACACACAUGUAACAGGACAGAAGAGAAGAGUAACUUUGUCAUUGAUUUUUCCAUUCAUGGUGACAUCAAGCAAUACAGAUCAUACUCAGCAGGUCACAAAUGGGUUACAACAGAACAGCAGGUCACCCAACAACACAGUAUGAGCGUGUUUGCAUGUGUACUGGAUGUCCUAGUGUAUUUUGCAUCACCCCAGAUGCCAUAAUUUAACAUAUAGAUGUAUAGGUGACAGUUUGUGAAAUCAUUUUUUCCCCUAAACAUGUUUAGUUCACUUUAGUUUAGUACCGUUAUCUCAUAAUCAGCUUGAACAAAUACAACACUGUUUGUCCACCUCCAUACGUGUCCAGUUCCUUUUGAGAGUCCUCAGGUUGCUGCAUCAUUGACUAUGAUUGUAAAAACCUUUUUCUUCAUGCCUCAGCAUAAAAUCUAACUCUUGAUGUCAUUUCUGUCAAAUAAUGUAUUGCGGAUUCAAAUCUUAGCUAAAAAUGCAAGACUUUUUAAAAUCUGUUUUCAUUAUUGCUCAUUUGUCUUGUAGUAUCUGUUAAUGAAUGUAUAAAAAAAAUACAUAUUUGAAAUAUUAUGACAUGAAAAAUGUAAAUAUUAUAAAUAUGUUGACUUUAAAAUCUGCUUUGAUGAAGUGAAGGUAAAUUUGUUUUCUUUGUAUAAAAUGUUUUGUGUUGUUUUUAUUUAUUUUUCUAAAUAAAAGAUAUCGCUAAAUUCUGGAAGGUUGGUUUUGUGAUC